UGUGCCGGCGUGGAGAAGGAAGCGGUGUCCGAUCUACACACACUCGAGACGGGACAGAGCCGCGGUGCGGGAGGGAAAGAUCUCGCUUUCACUUUGACUUCCAGGGGUUUCUCUACAUGGGGACGAGACAUGACAUCUACAGCCAGCGAGAGGAGGGCGUUCGCUCAUAAAAUCAACCGGACGGUUGCUGCAGAGGUCAGAAAACAAGUGUCCAGAGACUAUGGCUCUCCUCAGCUCUCCAAAAAACGAGGCGGCGCGCACCAACCCUUGCCCCUGACAGAAGUGGUUGAGCCUGUGGACUUUGAGGAGUAUGUGAGCAGCCAUCCUCCUGGGGUGGAGCCUGGCCCCCUCAGACAGCUAAUGGAGUUCCCACAGGAUGACAUGGAGCUCCUCCAGCUGGACAAAGACUGCACUACACUGGAGCCCCCACUGCCCGAAGAGGAGGACUCCCUGGAUCCCAGAGUGAGAGAUGCCUUGGCAGUCUACACAGAUGACUGGCUCGUCAUUCAAAGAAAGUAUCAGCGCUACAGCACCACAUACACCCCCCAUAACUCUGAGCGACAGAGGGAGAGGCAGCGAGGGCUGGUUAAACAGACCUUUGAGCUUGACGAUGCUGCUGCUACUGAGCGCCAUGAUGACCAGGAUGACGCAAAGCGGCGGUCAGUUAGCCUUGAUGAGACUCCUCGGGGAAGCUGGGCCUCCAGCAUAUUUGACCUGAAGAACUCUUCCCCAGACGUUCUCCUGCCAUCUGUGCUGGAACGUACAGCUGCUGAGGACAUGGACCAUCGCAACACGGAGGCCCGCCUGCAGGGGCGCCACAGUGACCUGCUGGGCCUCUACCCACCCCCUGAUGAGGAUGAAGCAGUAGAGAGAUGCUCUGUUCCUGAAGUGCCCAAGGAACAUUGUGGCCAGAGGAUCAUGGUCAAGUGUCUGUCUCUGAAGUUUGAAAUAGAAAUUGAGCCAAUAUUUGGAACACUUGCCCUGUAUGAUGUCAAGGAAAAGAAAAAGAUCUCUGAGAAUUUCUACUUUGACCUGAACUCGGAUCAGAUGAAAGGGCUGCUUAAGCCCCACACACCUCAAAUAGCCAUAUCCACGCUAGCCCGUUCUGCCAUUUUCUCCAUCACAUAUCCUUCUGCUGAUAUCUUCCUGGUCAUCAAGCUGGAGAAAGUUCUUCAACAAGGAGACAUUGGAGAAUGCUGUGAACCCUACAUGGUCAUGAAAGAAUCGGAUUCCUCCAAGCACAAGGAGAAGCUGGAUAAGCUGCGUCUGCAGGCAGAGCAGUCCUGCUGUCGUCUCGGUCAUUUUCGCAUGCCUUUUGCCUGGACAGCCAUUCACCUCCUCAACAUCGUCAGCAGCGUUGGGGGUCUGGAUCGGUCUGACCCAGACUCUGACUCUGAACGAAAAAGUCAUGGAACAUGGAAUGAGAGAAAGAAGAAGGGGUUUGAGCGGAUGAGCAUUGGGGACGACACGUGUAACUUUGCCACUUUCAGACCAGCUACGCUUACUGUCACCAACUUUUUCAAACAGGAGGGAGACAGACUAAGUGAUGAGGACCUCUACAAGUUCCUGGCAGAUAUGCGCCGACCAUCGUCUGUUCUGCGGAGACUGAGACCUGUCACAGCCCAGCUGAAGAUCGAUAUCUCUCCAGCUCCGGACCUGCCUCAUUACUGCCUGUCACCGGAGUUGCUUCAUGUCAAACCUUACCCUGACCUGCGUGUACGUCCAACCAAAGAGGUGCAAGAGUUCCCUGCUCGCUAUGUUUACACUCCACACACCACCUACAGGAAUCUGCUAUACAUUUACCCACAAAGUCUGAACUUCAGCAGUCGCCAGGGCUCGGUGAGAAACAUUGCUGUUAAGGCACAGUUCAUGGCAGGAGAAGACCCCAGUCAAGCUUUACCGGUCAUCUUUGGAAAAUCGAGCUGUGCCGAGUUCCUGAAAGAGGCAUACACGCCCGUCAUCUACCAUAACAAGUCCCCUGAGUUCUACGAGGAGAUGAAGAUGAAGAUUCCCGCCAAUUUGACAGACAACCACCAUCUACUGUUCACCUUCUACCACAUCAGCUGCCAGCCCAAACAGAACACUCCUCUGGAGACCCCCGUGGGCUACACUUGGAUCCCUCUGAUGCAGCAUGGCCGACUGCGCACAGGCUCCUUCAGUCUGCCCGUCUCAGUGGAAAAGCCUCCACCUAGCUACUCUGUGCUCACUCCUGACGUUCAGCUCCCGGGCAUGAAGUGGGUGGAUAAUCACAAAGGAGUGUUCAAUGUUGAGGUGACAGCGGCUUCCUCGGUUCACACUCAGGAUCCACACCUGGACAAGUUCUUCACUCUGGUGUAUGUUCUGGAGGAGUAUUCCUUCCCCUUCCGCCUGAAAGACGUCAUCAUAAAUGAGGCGAACAUGGAGGGCGAGCUGAAGGCCAGCAUGGCUGCUCUAAGGGGGGCUCUGCUGGACACGUGUGUCAGGUUUUUGCAUCAGCUGCUCAACAAGCUCAUUCAGCUCAUUGUCUACCCGCCAGUCAUCGCAGGCCAAAUUGUGAACCUGGGCCGUGCUGCUUUCGAAGCUAUGGCUUUGUUGGUCAACCAGAUGCACAAGAACCUGGAGGGUAGCCAGGAUCAGCAUGGCCGCAACAACCUGCUGGUGUCCUAUAUCCACUACUGCUUCCGCCUGCCCUCUGCUGAGCCUACACUGCCCCCAACAGCAGGCACCCAGUCGUAUGAGAUGCCCAUGCAGUAUGCCACCUUAUCAAGAGCAACAGCUCGUCCGAGUAGUCUGCUUUUGUCUCGCUCCAAGAGUAUCAGCAACUCCAACCCUGACCUGGCCACCACACCAGUUUCACCUGACGAAGAGGUGCAAAGGAUAAUUGGGAGCAAAGGCAUUGACCGCUCCCACUCCUGGGUAAACUCUUCUUAUGCCCCUGGGGGCUCCAGAUCUGUGCUACGCCGGAACCCCAACUCCAGCUGUGAGCUCAAGCAGCUUCUUCAUGAGGAGCUGGCGUUACAGUGGGUGGUCAGCACCAGCACAGUGAGGGAAGCAGCACUGCAGCAGGCCUGGUAUUUCUUUCAGCUCAUGACAAAGAGCAUGGCCCAUCACUUAUUUCUGACCUCGAAACUGGACAUUCCCAGGCGCCAGCGUUUCCCAGACCGAUUUGUGGACGACAUUGCUGCACUUGUGUGUGCCAUCAGUGCAGACAUUGCCGGCCGAUACCACAAGGAUGUGGAGCUCGUGGAGAGGUUGAACAGCAGUCUGGCCUUCUUCCUGAAUGACCUGCUGUCUCUCAUGGACCGGGGCUUCGUGUUCAACCUCAUCCGUUCCUACUACAAACAGAUUGCCAACAAGCUCCACACGUCACAGAACCCCAGCUCUCUGAAUGCACUGAGGAUGGAUUUUACUCGCAUCGUCUGUAGCCAUGAACACUACGUCAUCCUCAACCUGCCGUGCUCAACUCUCAGCCCUCCAGCCUCCCCCUCCCCCUCAACUUCCUCCACCACAUCACAGAGUUCAGCAUUUUCCAGCGUGGUGCAAGACCAAGGUGUGGCCACCAUGUUUGAGCUCUCCGUCCCUUUUCGCCAGCAGCACUUCCUGUCUGGUUUGCUGCUAACUGAGCUCUCACUCAUUCUUGAUCCUGAUGGAGAAGGGGUUUUCUUCCUUCAUAAAAAGGCCAUUAGUGCCGUUCACUCCCUUCUCUGCAGCCAUGAUGCAGACCCACGCCACAGUGACCCUCAGGUCAGAGCCCAUGUAGCUCAGCUCUACCUACCCCUCAUCCACAUCGUCAUGGAGACGUUGCAUCAGCUCCACGACUUCUCAGACUCCUCGCCUGCUCGGGUCCGCCAUGCCCCAGCCCACGCUGACGAUGCUGACCCAGACAGUAGCAACACUAUCAGUCAGUCUGUUGCUAUGGCGAUUGCCGGCUCCCCUUUGCCGCAUGCCAAAUCCAACGCAUUUGCAAUGCCCACAGUGGCUGGGCGUCAGUCCAGCUCUCUGUCGGCCGAGUGUAGCAGGACUCUGCUGGUGUGUUUCCUGUGGGUGCUGAAGAAUGCAGAUGCAGCUCUCCUGGAGCGCUGGGUGUCUGAUCUAUCUGUGUUACAAAUCAACCGCCUGUUGGAUCUGCUGCAUCUCUGUGUCUCCUGCUUUGAAUACAAGGGGAAGAAGGCUCUGGAGAGGAUCAACAGCCUAACGUUUAAGAAGUCUCAGGACAUGAAAGCCCGACUGGAGGAGGCCAUACUGGGCACCAUUGGGGCUCGUCAGGAGAUGGUCCGCCGCUGCAGAGAGAGGAGUCCCUACGGCAGCCAAGAAAACGUUAGGUGGAGGAAGAAUGUCACUCACUGGAGACAAAAUACAGACAGAGUUGAUAAGACUAAAGCUGAGAUGGAGCAGGAGUCUGUGGUGGAUGGAAACUUGGCUACUGAGGUCUCUCUGAUCGUAUUGGACACACUGGAGAUUAUAGUGAAGACUGUGGUGGCGUCAGAGCUGAAGGAAAGUGUUUUAGGCGGGGUUCUCCGAGUGCUUCUUCACAGCAUGGCAGGUAACCAGAGUGCCCUCUUCCUGCAGCACUGCUUCACUACACAGAGAGCUCUGGUUUUCAAGUUCCCAGAGAUGCUGUUUGAAGAAGACACUGAACUUUGUGCAGACCUGUGCCUGCGUCUCCUUCGUCACUGCAGCAGUAGUGUCGGUUCUGUCAGAAGUCACGCCUCUGCCUCGCUUUACCUGCUCAUGAGGCAGAACUUUGAGAUUGGAAAUAACUUUGCACGAGUAAAGAUGCAGGUCACCAUGUCUCUGUCUUCACUGGUGGGAACGUCGCAGAACUUCAAUGAGGAACAUCUGCGUCGGUCACUGAAGACGAUCCUAACAUACGCUGAAGAGGACCUGGAGCUGCGUGACACGCCCUUCCCAGAGCAGGUCCAGGAUCUGGUGUUCAACCUGCACAUGAUUCUUACCGACACUGUGAAGAUGAAAGAGCAUCAACAGGAUCCAGAGAUGCUCAUUGACUUAAUGUACAGGAUUGCUAAGGGCUACCAGAACUCUCCUGACCUACGUCUCACGUGGCUCCAGAACAUGGCAGGAAAACACUCUGAGAGAGGGAACCACGCCGAGGCUGCCCACUGCCUCGUCCACAGUGCCGCUCUAGUGGCAGAAUACCUCAACAUGCUGGAGGAUUGCCGAUAUCUGCCAAUUGGUUGUGUCACAUUUCAGAACAUUUCAUCCAACGUCCUGGAGGAGUCAGCAGUAUCAGAUGAUGUCCUGUCUCCGGAGGAGGAGGGGAUUUGUGCUGGGAAGUACUUCAGCGAGUCUGGCCUGGUGGGCCUCCUGGAGCAAGCAGCUGCGUCUUUUAACAUGGCAGCCAUGUAUGAGGCCAUAAAUGAAGUGUACAAGAUUCUGCUGCCCAUCCAUGAAGCCAACAGGGAAUUCAAAAAGCUGGCAACUGUCCACGGGAAACUGCAGGACGCCUUCAACAAAGUCUACAACCAAAGUUCAGGAUGGGAGAGAAUGUUUGGCACAUACUUCCGGGUUGGUUUCUAUGGCUGUCGUUUUGGAGACCUGGAUGAACAAGAGUUUGUUUACAAGGAACCAUCGAUCACCAAAUUAGCCGAGAUCUCCCACAGACUUGAGGAAUUCUACUCAGAGAGGUUUGGGGAUGAGGUGGCUGAAAUUAUCAAGGACUCAAACCCAGUGGACAAAACCAAGCUAGAUCCCAACAAGGCCUACGUCCAGAUCACCUACGUUGAGCCGUACUUCGACACAUAUGAGCUGAAGGAAAGAAUCACCUACUUUGACAAGAACUACAACCUGCGUACCUUCAUGUACUGUACUCCCUUCACUUUGGACGGUCGGGCCCACGGCGACCUGCACGAGCAGUACAAACGCAAAACCAUUCUGACCACGUCUCAUGCCUUCCCUUACAUCAAGACACGCAUCAACGUUAUCCACAAGGAGGAGAUCAUUCUCGUCCCCAUGGAGGUGGCCAUUGAAGACAUGCAGAAAAAGACUCAGGAGCUCGCCUUCGCCACUAACCAAGACCCUGCGGACUCCAAGAUGCUGCAGAUGGUCUUGCAGGGCUGCGUGGGCACCACUGUCAACCAGGGCCCCCUUGAGGUGGCGCAGGUCUUUCUCUCUGACAUUCCUAAUGACCCAAAGCUGUUUCGACAUCACAACAAACUGCGCCUAUGCUUUAAAGACUUUACUAAGAGGUGUGAGGAUGCCCUGAGGAAGAACAAGGCCCUGAUUGGUCCAGAUCAGAAGGAGUACCACAGAGAGCUGGAGAGGAACUACAAUAAACUGAAAGAAGCUCUGGGUCCUCUCAUCAACCGCAAGAUCCCCCAGCUAUAUAGAACCCUGCCAGCUCAGUCUACGCAAACACAACGGAACUCCUACAGUAGGUCCAGUCUCCGGUGAGUCGACUGUUGAGGCGCAGAAACACUGGAAAACACUGAAUAAUUAGUAUCUCUUGCCGUCUGUUCCCCUCCCCCCACUGCACUGCACUGCACACCAACUGUCACAGUCGCCAUCCUCUUCCUCGUCAAGCCCUUAUUUUACCCACACACCCCCCCUGGCUGCCCAGUCUCGCCAUAAUCCCCCCACAAGAGAGAGACACGCACACACACACACUUCUCACCUCUUUCCCAUCUCCCCCGUUACCAACACCCUCACACCUCAGUAGGAGAAGACCCCGGCUGUUUAUGCAGGGAGGUUAUCUACACUGUAAACUUAGUCAUUUGGAGCAACAUGUCAACAACAUGUCGGCGUUUAAAUCCAAGUCUCCUCACUGUCGACCCAAACUCAUCUCUCCUUUAAAUUGAGGUUUUAGAGCACCAGAGCUGCCAAACACAUUCUGCAACCAAAUCUUUUCCAGGUUUGUUUAUGAGCGUAUCUGUUUCUUCUCGUCUUUUCCCUUUGCGUUGUCUGUUUUUGUCGUGGCCUUACUGCAAUUUGUAAGAGAUUUUUUUUUUCUACUAAACUAUGUCUGGUAGUCGUCACUGCCAGACUUAUUAAAUAGUCCCAGGGAGUUUUCUUAUGUUAUCAACACACCAAAUAACUGACAUUCCUUCUUCCUCAAGUUGUCACAUUUAUCUUCCCAUCUCUCAUAAUAAGAAUUCAUUAUAGAGAGGAGGUGGGAUAAUUAUGUCCACGUUCGGGCCUCGGUUUCACUCUGAGACCAGGGGGGACAUAAUACAGCAGCAGUUAAAGAGCAAUGCAUUAGUGUUUAGGGGGAAAGCAUUGAGUAAUGUUUUUAAUAUGUUUUUUUAAGUUAAACUGUGAAGUUCUCUUGUACUGCACUGUCGUCACAUCAGAUGUUUAUCACAGAAGCACUGCCCUCAGCCAGGUCCUCUCCUCACUGUCACUCUUCUGUACAGUCUCAUACAGAGCCCGACCGAUCUAGAUUCUUGGGGGCCAUUGCAGAUGGCGAUACUGAGGUGUAAAAAAAAAA